AUGACCCGCGUAGCCGGCGAGCUGACGACAAAUCCGUUCAGCCUGCCUCCUGAGCUGGAAUGCUUCUGGAUGCAAGAACCAUCGGCCGAAAGGUCUGACGAACGCGUGCAGGAACGCGAGUUGAAGGUGUGGGAGAAGCCCACUUGCUCAUCCAGCUAUGCUGCGAUCUCCAAGAUUAGCGAGUCUGAACUUCCUAUGGCGCCUCUGCCUCGCGCAGCCAAAGAAAUGCUUGCUGCAUCCAAGCGGAAGGUCAUGGAAGAAGAGCAGCCAGACAACACCUUCCUGACGACAAUGGCGACGAAGCCAGCCAUUGGACUUGUGGAGACCCUGCGCAAGAGCGAAAAAGAUGUCAGGACCUAUGUGCAAAAGAAGCGUGAGGUUUUCCUCGUGCACAUGGCGUGCGACAACAAGCGAGAGGAGAUAGUGCGUUUAGAUGCCAUGGCAAAGGCGAAGGAAGAUGCCUUGACAAUUCCCCAGCAAAUUCUGGACGAGGACACCAAGAAAUUCGAAGAGUACCUCCAGGAAAGAAUCGCCAAAGCUUCUUCCUCCACGAAAGAUAGCGAAAUGCAUGCAAAGGUCAAGCAGGACAAACUUGGGAGAAUCAAAAGCCUGAGACAACAGAUCGCUACCGUACAAAGCGAGACGAGCAAGCUGAAGGAGGUGAGGGUGGAGUGCGAAAAGUACAAGAUGUUCUUGGAGAAAAUUACUCCCGCCGAAUGGAAAGAAGAGCAGAAGCGAAAGAAAGAACAAAGGAAGAAGGAACGAGCAGAAAGGUGGAAGAAGGAGCGCCUGGCCCCCUUCAUGGAAUAUCUCGUGCAUGAAGAACAGAAACUCUUCGAAAAGUUUGCUCAGGAGGACGCUGAGGCCGAAGCUUCAAAGAAGCGCGGCAGGAAGCAACGGCGAAGAGAAGAUGAGGAAGAGCUGCAGCAGCGGCAGCGAGAGAGGGACAGUCGCCGCAAGCGCCUUCAAAAACGAAAAGAGGAGGAGGAGAGGAAAGUCGAUGCGGAGUACGUUGCUAUUUCUUCAGAGGAGGAGCCUGAGCUCUUCUUCAAGGAGCCCCAACAACUCAUGGACAGUUUCACAGAUCUGGAAGAGCUGAAUCUCUUCCUCAUCCAGAGCUCUCAGGAAGCCGAGCAGCAGCUGGAUGAGAUUCGGAAUAGCUUCGAAGCUAUGGAGAAGAACAUGGGCCACAAGGUGCAGCAGCUGAAGGAUCAAGUAAAGCAGUUGGAUCAAAGCAUCAAGCAGGAGCAGCGCAGAGGCGAAGAGAUAAAGCAACGCCAUGCGGAGAAAGCCAGCACAGCAACACAGGACAAGAAAUUAAGUAGCUUGGCGAAGAAGGUGCAUGAGGUGUACGCUCGGUGCAAUCUGGCAAGAGACCAGCAGCAGUCAGAUACGCUGCAGAUGCUCGGGGCGAUCGAAUCGCGGAUUGAGGAGUUAAUUCAAGGCCUUGAUGAGGCUUAUCAGCAGGAUGAAGAGCUGGUAAUGCGACUGGAGAAGAUCAAAGAGAGCGAUCGGCGUGAGCGAGUGCGCGAAAGCCGACUGAAGGAACAGCCAGAAAAGCAAGAGUUUCGGUUGAAGCAAUCGCUGCAACGAGCGCAGAAGCCAAUCUUCAAGAAGGCCGGCAAGCAGCUCAUGUACCGGUCGCCACCUCUACGUCAGGAGCACAAAGUAGUGGAAGACAAUUCCGAUGAUGAAGCGCAUACCAGAGACCACGAGGUUUUCGACAUCUACAUCGACAGAAAGACGGGAGUCCCGAAUACGACUGCGCCUUCGGAAGAAACGAGGCAUGUCCUGGAUGUAAAGAUGAAAUGGACGUUUGCUUUGCUUGCGGUGGCGCAGCCCGCUGCUGCGUCGCAGCCCAAGUUUCACAUUGUCGGUUUGCGCCGGGCAAUGUCGGGGCGACAACUGGGGGCUUCGGCCAAAUUCCUGGAUGAAGCCUCAGCUUACAACGUGGUUGUGUUGCCGCGCCCGGACUGCUGCAGCCUGGUUCUGUCGAUUCAGGCUUUGCAAGACCGGCUGUUGAACCCUUUCAGCAGCCGGUCUUUGGGCAAAUGGUGGAUCCCUCCAGGGCUGCCACCCAAUGGGCCAAAUGCAAAUUGGCAAGUUGACCAGAGGGUGCCAGAACAUGGCCAACAUGCACAAGGCAGCGGCGGCGAGGGCAUGCAGGUUUUUCAUGCGGCGGUUCAGCUCAUGCAGAAGGGGCAGUUGAUGGAAGCCAAGAAGGCCUUGACUGCUGCCGUGCAUGUGCUUGGCACGUCACGUGAUAUUCUGCCUGUUGCCGCACAGCUUCGACAUCGCAUGGGCUUACCAGAGGUGUCGGCAGAGCAAGUGGAGGUGUGGUUGGAAUGGAGGACUGAAGGCAGGUCCGCUAUUGGAUGGACGGUGCUUCUGCUCCUUAGCGGGAUUCUGUCCGUGCUCGUUCUCAUGUACUGGGACAGAGCACAGAAAGGCAUAGAGACGAUUCUGGCACGCAGCGGACUUUCGCAGCAGACGGGUCAGACCGAGCCAGAGCCAGAGCAGAGAAGACCCGAAGUUGUCGAGCCGAGGUUCAUGCCAGCUGAUGCUGGUAUCGGUGAUGAUGCCGGGCAGCUGAAGAAGAUCGACAGACACGAGCAGACUGAUGCUUAUGCUGUGCCAAGCGACAGCGUGGCUAUCCUGGCAGGGCCUAAAGAGGAAGCCAGCCAAAAUGAGAUUUUCGACAGUGUUCCGAAUGACUUGAGGGAGCCCGAAGCAGAGGAACAUGUGGAAGAGUACAGCAUGGCAGACUGCGAGGAUGUCGCUACAGAGACUCUGCAUGAAGGUGACCAGAUCGAACUUCGACCCUCCGUGAAGGAGUUGGAACAGGAGCCCGCUUCGCCCGGAGUUGGAAUCAUCGAAAGCAACGGCGCCGAGUCAGACGAACCACCGGCAACUGGAACUGCGCAGAUGGAUGGUCCCGCGAAAGAGUUUCUCAGCGACGGACUGCAGCCAUCGGCGAUAGUUUCAGUCGAUGUCACGGAUUUGGGUAGCAGCGCCUUGCAAGCCUCGCAUCAAAGGGCUGAAGCAGGUGAGAGACGGAAUCCGGAAGCAUUUCCAGAUUCCCAACAUGCGCAGCCACAAAAGGCCAAGCGUCAGGUAUGGAGAUCCAGGGCAAAGAAGGCCGAAGAUGCCGGACUUGUUGAAGCUGGGAUGCUCGAUGACGUCGUGGAAGCCUCGAAACCUGGUUUUACCACAGUGGGUCAUGCAACGGACGGGCAGAAGGAGAUGGUCACGCCAGGGAAAACAGGGCACACCAGCGCAGCCUCUAAGCUGCCAUCCAAAGCGGAAGACUGGGGUUGGGGAGCUGGCCACCCACAGGCCGCAAGUGAUGGCUGUAUCUAUUUCGCUGGUGGUCCACCUCCGGGCCGCCAGAUCCAGCCAACAGCGCAAGCUCCCGCCAAAACAGGACGUCGAUGGCAAGCUGGAGGGCGCGCCUCCUCAGUGCCAGACGCCUCUGUGGAAGAAGAACUGCUUGAGCUUGAUGUCAAGCUGGAGCAGGACGGCAACUUCUUCCUUGCCAAGCCCACGCGUUUCCGGCCACAGGGGUGCUUCCUGCGGCUUCAAGGCGGUCGAGAAGCUUUUCUGCCUGUGGAGCACAUCACGCCACAUGCCGAUGCUUCAACAAACGGCGUCAGAAGCAUCGUCACGCAAUCGUCCAAAGGUGGACGCCUACGUGUUCGGGAAAUCGGUGCCGGCCGUGUUUCCAUGCUAACGCCAAACGAAGAGGCGCUGAGAUGCAAGGAGUUGGAAGCAAGACGUCGGAACAUGGAGGAAAAGAUUGAGCAGCUGCGAGAGAACUACAAUCCUGCGAAAUGGAUCAUCGGCUUCGUUUCUGCAGUGCAGCCCAAUGGGGUCUACGUCAGCGUUAUAGAUGGGCAGGAUGCAAGGAUACCUCUGAAGGAACUGCCGGAGAAGUUCUUGAUGCCGGCGGAGGAGGGCUCUGGCGAAGCCAAACCAACCCUCGAGGUUGGCCAGGCUGUCCAAUUCCGGCUUGUUCGCUACUCGUGGGGAUCCGAAAGUUUCGCAGCAUCCAUGUUGCCUGUGGCGGAAAGACAGCAGAGGACUCGCGAGAGAGAUCGCCCUACGGACUUCGAAGCCGAAAGGCCUCCAUCGCCAGAUCGUUCAGCAGGAGCCAAAGCAUGGGCGGCCAAGGGAUACAGCGUGGUGACACAUGAAGCUGCAGUGGAGCUCAACGGCUGGAUUCGCUCCAGCAUAGAGGAGAAGAAGUCGACGAAGGGCUCGAAGGCACUGGUCAAGACCAGCAACAAGACUUACCUGGUCAGCGUCGUCCGUGGCAUGAAUACGAAGGCUGUUGGCAGCAUCGAUGUGGAGAAAAAUAUUUCGGACAAGGAGGUUAAGCAAGCUGCCGUGGACUUGCUCUUCAAGCAGAGCCUCUUGAAGGCCGGGGAACAGCACAAAGGUAUUGUCAUCACAAAGAACAUCAUCAGCAUCAAAUUGUGA